AUGAUCAAAACAAGCAUUCUGAUCAUUUUCAUUGUCUCUAUCAUUUUCCCACCUGCCUUUGGAAACAAGCCAAACGACCAGGCACUCCAAGGACCCCACAGAAAUUGCUCCUACUCAGUUGAGAUUGAGACAACCUGUGCACCAUCUGCAGAAACUGCAGAUCAUCAUCUGAAGAAUCCCAAGUUGAUAUAUGCUCCAAAAGACGGCUCAAAGCAGCAGCAGGGUGGUGGUGCAUACGGUGGGUUCCAGCGCUGUGCCAUUGACAUGUUUGAGGCAAGUGGUGCAUGCAUGCGGCAAAGGGUCUGCUCUCUGUACCUCAAGAAAGUCGGGUCGGAUGAUUGGAGACCCGGUUGGGUGAAGGUGCUCCAUCAUCAGGAUCCGGAUGAUGGUGGGGAUGCAGUGCCAGUUUCUUACAUGUUCUACUUCAGGACAUUUGUGCCAGAAAAUGUGUGGUAUGGGUUUGAUUACUGUCACUCAAGAGGGGGUUUGAUGCCUCAUGCUGCAGGUUUUGGUGGGUAA